AUGAGCACCGCAACGCCCCAAACUACUACGAAGAUGUCUCUUCUUCCUCAGGACCUGCGAGGCAAGAAUGCCCUGGUAACGGGUGCUUCUCGCGGUAUUGGCCGCGCCAUAGCUAUCCACCUUGCCAGUCGCGGAGCAAACGUUCUCGGUACCUGCGCAUCGUCUGGAUCACUGAACCUACUGGAAUCUCUUGAAAAGACAGUCCAACAGGGCUACCACUCGAGCGAGCUCGAUGCCCCAAAGUCCAGGAUGAGUUCGGGUGGCAAGCUCAACAUCAUUGUCAACAACGCAACCCACUUUGAAGCGCGGCCCGUCCGUGAGCUUGAUGCUGAAUUCAUCCAGAGGGUCUUGGUGGGCAAUCUGCAGUCUUUGGCCCUGAUGAUGGACGUUCUUCUCAGACGAGACUACAUCCAGCAGGAAUCUCGCAUUGUCAAUAUCUCAAGCGAUUGGGCUCGUACCGCAGCAGCAUCCUAUGCCAAGUUGUACGCAUCCACCAAAUCAGCAAUGGAAUCCAUGACCAGAUCUUGGGCAGAUAUUCUGAGCCAGGACACAAAGACGUUGGGAACUACAGUGAACUCCCUCUCAGUGGGUGGCACUGCGACGGAUGCGUUCACUGGAAGUGCACCGCCGGAAAUGCGCGAAGCCGCAUUGAAAGUUCUGAGCGAGGGAAAACCAGUUCACAACGGAGUCGGACUUCCAGAGGAUGUUGCCAAAGUCGUUGGUUUGGUCGUAAGCGAAGCAGCCCGCUGGAUCAAUGGAAGUGUCAUCGCAGCCAACGGCGGCUCAGUCAAAAUUUUGUAA